AUGGACGAGAGACAAUCAUCAAAUCCUCAACGAUCACAAGAAGAAUACCGGAGGAGAUCCGGCUCAAGCACGCCCACUGGAACACAAAGGUCCCCGGAAGCCAGCCAUCGACCUCAAUCCUACCAGAAGAGUCCCCGUCCAUUCGACCUCGAAACAGAGACAUAUACACCAACACAACGCUUUUCCUACGAAGACGCAGAAGCUCAAAAUCCUUGGCCGGAAGAGCGAUCACCACAAGACAGUCCAGGAGGCAGACGACGCCAGUCACCAUCACCACCAGGCAAGGGCAAAGGCAAGCAACGCGAAAUGAGCAGUCAAAGUCGCAGCCCGGACCGGUAUCCGUCACCAACACAAGGAUCGUCGCAGCAGUACCAAUACUCGUACCAACAAAGUAUAAAGGAGAGCGAUCGAGUAACAACUUCAACUGCUGCGAGCCAGGACGUCUAUAGACGAGAAAGCACAAACACCAAUGCAAGCACCGGCACCACGAGCGCCAGCACUAGCGCCAGCGCCACACGUCCAGGGUCGGAAGAAGCAGCAACAGCUGCCGCAGGAACAAGUACCCAAAGUAACCAAAGUACCCAACGAAGAGACAGAGAUAAACGCACGGGCAAGAAGAGACUGGUUUCGGGUGUAUUUGUGAGAUAUUGA